GGUACCGCAGUCUAAACCACAAUUUACAUUAAAAUAUAUAUUUUAUUUUAUUAAACGAAUAUUAUUGUGGCUGGUGUUCCUGUCAUACACCGGUUACAGGUGACGCCACGCAGUUUUCAUUGUUUUAAAACACACAGUUGACCGGUGGUUAUCUCGUGGAUUUGCGCUUUUGGAGCUGCCUCCAAGUUCUCUUCUUUUUUCUUUUUCUUUUUUUUUCACCCACAGUGGGAUCUUUGAAUGGGAGCUCACGAGUGUACAGUUUAGGUUUGAAAGAGAAGGUGAGGAGUGUUUGGCUGCAAAUCCUCUUAGCAGCAUUACGCUGAGCCUGGUUGCGGUGCGCACUUGUAGCUCCCCAAACUCGGGAGUCAGCAUCUCUGCGUCAAUGACGCACAGCUGGAGGAGAGACUGAGCAGCGGCGCAGAGCUGGAAGCUGCUGCUGCCAGAGAUAAGAGAUGAGACGCGACACCUGAAUGGAUCCAUCAAAUCUAUGUCGUCAGUGUCUUCGCCUCCCGUGCAUAUGAUGGAACAGCCAUGUAUCUGACCUAGGUUGCUGUUUGGAUUUGGGACCAUGAGGGCAGUGAAAGUGCACUGGCCUCCUCCUGCUCCUCCUCCUCUGAGGAGACUCAGGCACAGCCGUGUCCUCUUCUUCCUCUCAGGUGUGCUCAUCUGUUCCAUCUACUCUCUGACUCUGAAAGCCAGAGUGCCAACGCCUGGAGCCUCCUCAAAGACUGCAAACGCCGAUGAUGUCAUGAAGGUGAAGGUGCGUGAGGUGAUAGAACUUAACAAGACUCAGGGGCAUGUGGUUCUACCUGAGGGUAGCAACCCUGGUCUGGCCCUCAAAGUCAACAGGACUGGUCUCAAACAGUGCAUCUACUUAGAACCUCAGCCGUUCAAACCUCCUCCAACAGCAGCCUUAGCUCCGACUCUACGCCCACAGCAGCCUCCUGAAAGGAAAGGUGAGUACCCACAUGACUUCUUCUCUGUAGCAGACCGUCAACAAGGCUGGGUCGCCCUGCACAUCACGGGCAUGGCCUACAUGUUUGUGGCAUUAGCUAUCGUUUGCGAUGAGUUCUUUGUUCCUGCCUUGGAGGUCAUCAUUGUCAAAUUGGACAUUUCCGAUGACGUAGCUGGGGCCACCUUCAUGGCAGCUGGAGGUUCUGCUCCUGAGCUCUUCACCUCCCUAAUCGGUGUCUUCAUUGCCCACAGUAAUGUGGGCAUUGGCACCAUAGUGGGUUCGGCCGUCUUCAACAUCCUUUUUGUGAUUGGCAUGUGUGCCAUUUUCUCCCGGGAGAUUCUGCACCUGACCUGGUGGCCCCUGUUCCGGGACGUGACCUUCUACAUCCUGGAUUUGUUCAUGCUCAUAGUCUUCUUCCUGGAUAACACAAUGCUGUGGUGGGAGAGCCUGUUGCUGGUGAUGGGCUACUUCAGCUACGUCAGUUUCAUGAAGUUCAACAGGCAGAUUGAGAAGAUGGUCAAGACCCAGAUCAACAAGCAUAUGAGUGUCAUCAAAGUGUGGAGCAUCGAGGAGCCAGAGAAGGAGAGCGAUGCUCCUCCACUGCCGCCUCCGGCUGCUCCUCCUCCUUCUGCUGCUGCUGCUUCAUCUGGAGCACCAAAUGCUGCAGAAAAUUCCAAACCAGAACCCCCGGCGUGCAGCCCUGAGCACAGCAAACAUCCAUCAGACGAACGAGACAACAGGAUCAAACCUAAGCCAGUCCAUUCAGUCCUGCAGAGAGGCAGCAGCUCAGCCUCUCUCCACAACACAGCACUGAGGAACACCAUCUUCCAGCUGAUGAUCCACACACUCGAUCCUCUGGGAGAAGACAAAGUUUAUGGACUGACUUUUAAAAUUCCCGGCCCGAGUGAAGCAAGAGGAGAAAGGCCCCUAAAUGGUGAGGUCAGAGGGCAGGGGUCAGGGAAGAAGACAGCCAAAAACAAAGUAAAGCCUCUGAACUUCGCCGACAGACUAGAGUCACAGCAUCACUACAGUAAAGAUGAUGAUCAAAAGCAAAAGUCUGAGCAGGGCUCUGCUGAUGCUGCUAGUCCACCAGGGGGCGAUACUGCUGAGCCAUGCACCUCUCAUCCUCCACAUACAGAAAAUAGAUCAGAGGGGGCAGCAGCAGGCAGUUCAGAUCGCUCAAACAGCAGCGCCAACGACAAACACAGCAGUGACUAUUCUGAGAGUGAGGACAGCUCUGAUGAUGAUGAUAAAGAUGGAAAAAAAGAAUCACUGGUGAAGGAAGUCGAGGAGGAGGAGGAAGAGGAGGAGGAAGAGCACAAUGAGCCGUUGUCGUUAAAGUGGCCUGAAACCCCACGUAGGCAGAUCACCUACCUGUUACUGUUGCCCAUCGUACUCCCACUAUGGCUCACUGUGCCCGACGUUCGCAACCUGGCAUCAAGGAGAUACUUUGCCAUGACGUUUGUUGGCUCCAUCCUGUGGAUCGGCUUCUUCUCCUACCUGAUGGUGUGGUGGGCUCAUCAGGUUGGAGAGACCAUGGGCAUCUCAGAGGAGAUCAUGGGUCUGACCAUCCUGGCAGCGGGCACCUCCAUCCCUGACCUGAUCACCAGUGUCAUCGUGGCUCGAAAGGGUCUGGGAGAUAUGGCUGUGUCCAGCUCCGUGGGCAGUAAUAUCUUUGACAUCACUGUAGGUCUGCCGAUGCCGUGGCUUUUCUACUCCCUCUUCAACGGCGGUCACCCUGUGACGGUCAGCUCCAACGGCCUCUUCUGUGCCAUCGUGCUGCUCUUCCUCAUGCUCCUCUUUGUCAUUUUCUCCAUCGCCAUGUGUCGCUGGAAAAUGAGCCGAACAUUGGGUCUCACCAUGUUUGGCAUGUACUUUGUGUUCCUUGUCCUUGCGGUCAUGUUGGAGAACCGUAUCCUCAUCUGUCCAAUAUCAACCUGAGACGGAGAGGUUCCAUGAAAGGAGGAAUCCACGUUCAACAUCACUUCAUAUCCAAUCAUGUGUCUGGGACAGCAGCUGUGGUCUGAUGACAUGUCCAAACUUACUCCGAGUACAGUAUAUUUCAGAUAUUUGUAUAGUACUAGUCAGAGGCAGGUUGUCUGUGUGUACUGCGUGUGAAAUUAGACCUGUACUUGAGAACAAAAAAAUAUUCCUCUUCCUGUUUUAACAUCUCAAUAGAGAUGAACUCUGUUAAUGAUUAUAAUCUUUAAAUUAUUAUUUUUUUGUUUGUUUGUUUGUUGUUUGCUUUGUUUUAACUGGCAGGUAGGUUGUUCAAACCUACACUGGUGUAUUAGGGCCAAGUUGAGGAUAAAAAACAUUUCCCAACUUAUCCCCUCACUGUAAUCUGUGACUGAACUGGACUGUUUUUUAUUUGUUUGUUUGUUACAACAUUUUCAUCCACAGGAAGGCUACAGAUUUCUGGUAUUUUUUAAAUAUGCAUUUUUUUUAACUCUAAUUUAAAUGUGUUUUUUAGUAGUGAUUUUGUACAUUUUUCUGUGCAUCAUUUCAACACCAGUGGAUGCACAAGGUUUUUUUAUGUUCCUUAAUUUCUGGACCAAAAUCCUUAAACCUCUCAUUUUUAACUUUUCCUACCUACUAAUACUCACUACUACGUGUUGAUGUGUACUGUGUCAGAGUGUAGACAUCGUGUCUGUUUUUUGGAGAGAAUCUGUGAUUGUACUGUGUUUGUAUCAGGCUCUUGUGUCACACUGUCUCAUGUCGGACUGAGGCUGCAGACGUGGUGUUAGUGGUGAUCGUUGGUAGGACUGUUCAUUUUAACACUAGGAUUCAAACUGCAAUAAAUUAUUUUUCUAACAGUGAUAUUGAGUGUUGGUCUACUAAAAACAGUGGAAGGCCAAUGGGAAACCUUUCUAACUUUGUUCAACUCUCCUGUCAAGACACAAAACAGGAGGUUCGCCCUGGAAAAAAAGUAUGUUUCUUCUUU